UUAGCUUUCUGACUUUGCAGGUCAAUAAGAAUGACGUCGAGAUCGAAGGAGAAGGUUACCGCGAUGUUUCGCAAGAUCUUCAAGUCGUCAGGGAAGGAGGGCGAAGGUCCGAGCAAGGCUACCGCCUCAGGAAGCGGAUCUCCGGCGCGAAGACUGCUGAGAGGAUGCAGAGACAGCGUGUCUCCGGCACCACCUCCGGGCAGUCCCGGCUUCACCACGACCAACAAGCCCUCCAUGAAGCCGCCGCCGCCGCCCGAGGAACCGACUUCCAUCAGAACGGUGCGCGCUCGACGGCUGAUGAAGGAGUUCAAGGAUCUGCAGAGGCUGCAGCACUCGAAGACGGAGCCCGUCUUCACCGUGGAGCUGGUCGACGACAACCUGUUCGAGUGGCACGUGCGGAUAUACAAGUUGGACCCGGAGAGCGACCUCGGCGGCGACAUGAAGGAGCUCGGCAUCAACCACAUCCUGCUGCACCUCGUCUUCCCCGAGAACUUCCCGUUCGCGCCGCCGUUCAUGCGCGUCAUCUCGCCGCGGAUCGAGAAGGGUUUCGUGAUGGAGGGUGGCGCCAUCUGCAUGGAGCUGCUCACGCCCAGGGGAUGGGCGAGCGCGUACACCGUGGAAGCAGUCAUCAUGCAGUUCGCGGCGAGCGUCGUCAAAGGUCAGGGUCGCGUCCAACGUAAAGCCAAAGGCCAGAAGGUCUUCAGCAAACGCUCCGCGGAGGAAAGUUUCCGAUCUCUGGUGAAAACGCACGAAAAGUACGGUUGGGUCACCCCAUCCUUGGCAGACGGUUAAGAUCCAUUCAGACACAUUCACAAGAAAAACAAAGAAAACAAAGAAAUCCCCUCACGCGCUGCCAAAAAUCAAAUCCCCACUAGGCGUCGAUGAUUAUUUUUUACCCAAAAACAAAUCUUAGCCUAAAUGUUAACCCAAACGUAGUUAAAUCGUAAUCACCCUUUAAUUAAUUACUUAAUUAAUUAAUUAAUGAACUAAUUCGGAUAUUUUUAAAUGUUAAUAGAUUUUUCCCAGAUAUAUGUCUAAAUGUUAUGUCUGCAUGGGACAUUAAACCAUACAUUUUCUCUCAAAACCAACAUUUCUCAAAGAACUUUUCGACGACCCAAAAAAAAAAAAACAAAAAAUAAAUCAAUUCGUUUCUACCGUCCAAAAUGCGAAAAGCAUUUUAUUUUUUUAAGAGCAUGACGACGAGGAGAAUGAAUCAAAAUUGUAGUUUGUUUUUUUUUAGUUUUUUUCUAGAUUUAACAAGAAAAAAAACAUAGUAAAUCCGUUUCAUUCCGUUCAAAAUCACCACUUAAAUUCAACUCAACUCAAUGUCUUUAAGAACAAAAUAAUUAUAUAAAUAUAUGAAAAUGUACGUGUAUAUUAAGCAAAUACCAUACCAGUAUUAUUAGGUAUUACCGAACGUUGUUACAAUUUCAUCUUUUCUCCGUCUCUUCGCAGCUUCGACCGAAUUCGUAAUUCCAAUUCAUGGCAAUUCGGCCGAUGAUCUUUCUCUUAUUUGCUCGUCUUCCACUUUUAUUCCGCUACAAUCGUAGUUUACUGUUUUUUGUUUUGUUUUAAAUUUCUUUUGUUUCUGUUAUUCUAUUGGAAAUCCCGAUUUAUAAAUAUAUGUCUCCUGUUAAUUCAUAAACAUUACGUGUAUACUCGAUGACGACGAUUUUACUUGAAACGAGCCAGUUGUAUUUAGUUCUUAAGUUCAUACUACUAAUUACUAUGUGUGCAUUCGCAUUUGCAAUCGAGAUAACUUAUCUUUUUACUAUUGUAAGCAUAUUGAAUAACUCUGUCACCGCAGCAUUAUUGUAACUGCUAACGAGUCUCAAAUAAAUUUGGUGUAUACGUGAA